AUGGAUUUGGCGCCCAAUAUCCAUUUGGCCCACAAACUUCCAAAUGGCAUGGAUUUCUUCAACCCAGAGUUUGGGCCUGCCUGUACUUCUGGCUUCAAGGUACUUUGUGGGCCCAAGGGCUCUCCGACGGCACCAGGGGUGUGGAUGCCCUCUUGUGGUGGCACCUGUCCUCAGUCCUGUUCCGACAAGACUCCGUGGCCGGUUUGCCAAGAUCUCACUUACAGCAGCUCUCUGGCACAAGUGGACCCAGAGCACUUUGGCCCUGAGUGCACCACCGGACGCAGGGCGCGCUGUGGUGUGACAGGCAGCACAGUUUUCCCGUAUUGGUGGGGUGGCCCGGAUGACAAUACCAAACCUGGUUUGUGCACAGGCAUGGGAAACAUUUGCAACGGUAUACAAGUCUACCCUCGCCCUCUGUACGUUUGUAUCACUGGUGUGCGCAAUGUGAGUGAGAUCCCUGACUGGUGUGUGGGACAGCAUUAUGCGAAGUACUUCGGUUUGCCUUGUGCUGCUGGAUCCCCAGGCUAUAAAGUGGAGGUGAAAGUGAGCGCGUUCAAUGCGGCCAUCACGGGCUGUGAGAAGAGCCGUUGGUGGACGAAAGCGCUGGCGCUCUUUGCGCAGAUAGAUCAAGUGCAGCUGGAGGAAGCGGCGCUCGAUGUCUUCGAGAAUUUGUGCAGCUGGCACCUAGAGAGGACGUUGGAUGGCAGAGCUACUAGGAAUGUGGUCAGCUAUGGUGCUGCACUCUCUGCCUAUGAGAAGGGCCAGAAAUGGGAAAUGGCCCUGGAGCUCCUUGAGGAUCUCCACUUGAGCCGAAUACAAGGCAACCUUGUAACCGCUUGCGCUGCUAUCAGUGCUUGUGAAACAGGGGCUGCUUGGAUCGCUGCGCUCAGCCUGCUGGAAGAGGUUCUUUCGCAGUUGCAGGCCGAUGUCAUCAGCUUCAGCGCCGCCAUGAGUGCCUGUGAAAAGUCCAGUCAAUGGGAGCGGGCCAUGCGGCUCUUAGCGCUUCUUCGGGAACAUGCAGUCCAGGAAACGGUCAUUACGUGCAAUUCCGUCAUCAGUGCCUGUGAAAAAGCUGGGCGUUGGCAAAUGGCUUGGGCUUUCCUUGAGGAGCUGCACAUGCGUCAGAUCCGUGCCACCAUCGUGACGUUUAGUGCAGCCAUCAGUGCCUGCGAGAAAGGUGGUCAAUGGCACCAAGCCAUGCAGGCCUUGGGGCAGCUGAGUUCCCUCGAGGGGUCGCUCCUGGUGCCUUCCAACGCGGCCAUCCGCAGUGGUGCCAGGCCAACGUGA